GAAAAAGUCGGGGGGAGAGGGGGGAUUUCCGGGCAGACCAGGACACGAUCAAGGCCUUGGUUAUGCUCAAUGCUUGAGCAGGCCAAUCUUGCCAGGUCAUGGUCAAGGGAGAGAGAUACGGAACGGGUCCGGAAUCCGGAGCAGGCCCAGGCCGAAAAUGGAAAGAGCAGGAGCCAAGCACGGACACAACCAAACUUCAGCAGUCAGAAGUUCAGAACUCGGUCGUGCCUGAGGAAAGAGCAAUGGGCAGCUUCAAUGCCCGAGGCGUGCGGCUUGCGGCGUGCCAGGCUCCCACUCACCACACUCCCCCACCCGACCUUAGCCAUUCUCCAUCCAGCAUCGCGACCAUGA